UGAGCUUAUAUCACGAGCAGUAAUUAAGAACUAUUAAUUUCAAUCUUGGCUGAUGGUGAAAUGUACGAUGGUGCGGAACGGAAAUCAUACAAACGAAAAGAUACGAUGAUCUCGUCGGUGGUGCAUACUCAAUGUUUCUGACAGUUUGUCAAGAAAUACAUUAUUUGUUUUAUAUGUAUCAGGACGGAUAACAGUUAAUAACGAGGACAAUUUUAUGAAUGAACUCACAAUUAGUCCCGGAUGUCGGGAUCGGGAUCUACGGACAAUUUGAUUUCCGCUUGGCUGCUUUAUACUCGUGAACUUCUCUUCACCCACCAGCGAAAGAUUGACAACGCUGUGUGUUCCUAAAUUAAUCCCGAAUGUUAAAGGUUCUAGCACGACUGCUUCUAGCGCACAGACUGUUGCGACACCUCUGAAGUUGCCCAGAGUGGAUACCGCCUCUACAUCCCGCUGACCCGCGGGCCAUACCAACAACGCGGAUUCACAAUCCCGAGGACAGCCGACUAUGCGCGAGUACUGCCGAACGCGUGAAUACAUUACGACUUGCUUCCUCGCCGCGGAAAUUCGAUUCACGAUGAAAAGAGCCCUUGCAUUUCCUAUCUCAAGGACUCCUGGGUCAAUAAGCUUUCCACUUGACGUCCGUGCAGUUGCAUAUAACUUUAUUGUUCAGUAAUGCAGUUGCAUUUCCUUCUAUUCUGCAUAACUGUAGAUUUUUCAAAAUUAAAUAUGUAAAUUUUUAAUUGGAAAAAGAAUUCCAUGGACUUUCUCUCAUGUAUUAUUUUUCAUAUUGAUAUGCUUUUCUACCUCAUAGAACCUGUCCGAUAGUUCAGCUUGUUUUUCUUUGUGAAUUGCGUGAAGUGCACCUAUACUGUAUAGUAGUUUUUAGUUAUGACGAAGGAGUGAUCAACAUGGUAGCUAUGGAGAUAUUGAACAAACUUUUUAUCCAAAGUGCAUUGUAUACAGAAAACUAGGCGGUUCAGUUUCUCUUCGACUAUGGAUAAGAUACGAAGAAGUUUGAUUGAGGAUAUAGCCAAGGAGCAUCAGCAAAAGGAGAUUAAUGUAUCCACGGAUAUAAUUUGUUUUCUGUUAGGCUUGACACUCUUAAAUCCGGAGUACCGGCUAUUGAAGGACGAAGAUCCAGAUGUGCUCGAAAUAAAAAAGAAUAAAAUCAUCAAGUUCAUAACGGACAAAUUACACGAUCAAAGCAGACCAAGUCUAAUGACUAUCAAGAUUCAAUUAUACUUCUCGAAACACUACAGUCACAGAGACGACGUCAUCAAAAAGCACAGAUUAUCCCUGCGCCAAAAAACAAGCCCGUUGGUGACUGAAAUCUGCGAAAAGAAUCACGUGAUGAAUGAUCAAGACAUCGAGAAGCUCUAUCAAAAAAUUUUAGUUGUCGUUACGCUGUUGAGCGGCCUUGGAAAUCCCACGACAGCCUCAGUUCUUAGGGAGGUCGCGGUGGCCUUGCAGAGUGUCUAUCAGCCAUCAGAAUUGAGGUACUUUGUCACUUUGUCCAAGUCAGAGAAGGAGGAGCAGCUAAUGGAGCUAAUGUGCAUAGUCGCCGGAAUUCGGCUCUUCAACAGAGAUUGCCAACGUGGAGGAGAAGGAAUAGACGAUCUGCCAAGUAUAUUACAGAGAGCGGUAACCAAGACGCAGGCGUCCAUCUUGGAUGUACUGGAGGCGUUGAUGAAGAUGGUUUACAAGUUAACGGCAGCAGUUGACAAUGCGUUGAUGAUCCGGCCGGAUGAUGAAGAUGACGUCAGUUCCGUUAUCAAUAAGGAAUCGCCAGGUGACGUCACUGAAGAAGAUGUCCAAUUCGCUAUUGAAAUGCUCGCUGCUGUAAGACAGCAAGAGAUUUACGUCAGGAAAUUACUGGGCGACGUGGAAAACUGUGAGAAUGAAAUAAAGUGUCUGAUACAACGUCUUCAGGGACGACUCUUCAAACUCCAUGACACAGUCCGAUACAGAACCGCUAUUCCGACUGCUCAAGUUUAUCCUCAGUUUAUUGAUCUGGCUGAUAUAUGGAUAAGAUUGCAAAACGAGGUGAUUGUCUUGAGUCAGAUCUAUGGCUUCCUAUGGCAGCUGGAGAAUUUAACCGAUAAAAAUACGAUAAAUCAGGAAGAAAUGAAACUUAACAAGAUGAUAAGUGGUUAUGACAUAUUAACCGAUGCUGAGAGACUAGAACAAUCUAUGGGACAAACUAUAAAUGACUGCGGCGAAUGUCUAAUAUUUUAUCCAAGCGUGACAAAGGAUUUCGAUAAGAUCAAUCUAGAGUUUCUUGGGUUCUGCGCGUGGACCUUCGCAGUUGGUAAAGGCGCCUUGAUACCUGGCAAUCCAAAUAUAGGCGUCGUCCAAUGGAGAGGAAAGUAUUAUGCUUUCAGUUCGGUAAAUGCAGCACGCAAAUUCGGUCAGGACCCAAACAGGUACCUUAACGAGGCACUGGAUUUCGUCAGGAGUCAUCCUGAAUACAUACACUUGCUCCAGCUAUACGAGGACGUCUUGCCGACAAGAAAUCGUGACGAAAUCUUAUUGGAUGGACCCCAACCAACAGUUCAAAGGGAUCAAGGCAUUCAGACGGAAUUGCACGUGGUACCGUUUCGAGUUGAUAAAGACUAUACAUUUAGCAUCUGGGAGUACAGACGACGGGCAAUUCAAUUGGCAAAUAUAUCCCAGUGCAGAACCAGCAGUACGCAGACGUACAAGUCACAUUUCAGAAGUGGCGUUUACGUGCAGGCUGCUGCACCACGUGACAAAGAAGUUCAAACAAGAAAAGACAAUUGCACUAAUACAAUAAAUGAGGAAACCUUUAUUUUUGGAUUGCGUGGUAGACGAAACGACACGCAACGUGUUCUCACCUUGCUGAAGAACAAUGGAUAAAAUCUGUGAGCUUAAAACGC